AUGUCGACAGAAGACUACGACGAGUUCGGAAACUAUAUCGGAGGCGACCUCGACUCUGAUGAGGACUCCGAUGCCGACAUUGCCCCUUCCUACGCCCCCGGUCCCAGCGCACAACCCUCGGCUUCCUACGCGCCUUUAGAAGGUCUCGAAGAUGACGACGAUGAUAUGGACGACCCCUCCGCCGGGAUGCAGCUCACUGAGUACGGCAUUGAGCAGGUGGAUGGAUCAGCCAAUCAGGUGGUGCUGCAUGAGGAUAAAAAGUACUAUGCGACGGCGGAAGAGACGUAUGGGCCGGAUGUGGAGACAAUGGUGCAGGAGGAGGACUUGCAGCUUCUUUCCGAGCCUAUCGUCGCGCCUGUAAAGAACAGGGCGUUUACUGUGCAAGAGAAGGGUCUUCCAGCGACACGAUACGAUAAAAACUUCCUCAUCGAUAUGAUGGAGUACCCGGAUAUGAUUCGUAACGUCAUGGUUGGAGGUCACAUCCACCAUGGCAAGACAUCACUUCUCGACAUGCUCGUCUACGAAACCCACAAGAUGACUUGGGAUGCCGACACCCCCAUCCGCUACACCGAUACCCAUAUCCUUACCCGGUCCCGCGGUAUCUCGAUCAAAUCCGGACCCAUGUCUCUCGUCCUUCAAAACUCCAAAGGCAAAUCCAACUUGAUCAACAUUGUUGACACGCCCGGACACGUCAACUUUGCCGAUGAAGUUGCGUCUGUUGCGCGAUUGGUGGACGGUGUUGUGAUUGUGGUAGAUGUUGUCGAGGGUGUCAUGCUGGGGACGGAGCAGUUGAUCAGGCACGCGAUGCAGGAGAAGCUCAAGAUGACGCUGGUGGUCAACAAGAUGGAUCGAUUGAUUCUGGAAUUGAGAAUACCACCGAGCGAGGCGUUCUUCAAGAUCAAGCACACGAUCGAAGAAGUCAACUCAAUCAUCGCCUCGGUUGAUUCUGACGAGUCUUACCGUCUCUCUCCCGAGAAAGGCAACGUCGCUUUCGCCUCCACCCAGAUGGGAUGGUGUUUCACCCUCACCACCUUUGCCAGCAUGUACGCCGACACCUUUGGGUCCUUCGAUGUCGAAGAGUUUGCCGUUCGGCUCUGGGGUAACAUCUACUUCGACCCCGCCUCCCGCAAGUUUACCCGUAAACCUACGGACGCGGAGAGCAAGCGCUCUUUCGUUCACUUUGUCCUCGAGCCGCUGUAUAAGCUGUAUACGCAGGUUUUGAGUGCCGACAGAGAGGCUUUGCAGGAGACACUUGCCGACCUGCAAAUCACACUCAAACCCUCAGCCUACAAGAUGGACGUCCGUCCUCUUCUCAAGGUUGUGCUUGAAGCUUUCUUCGGCCCUUCAGUCGGCCUGGUCGACAUGAUUACAGAGUUCAUCCCCUCUCCCAAAGAAGCUGCCGACACCAAGAUACGGCACACCUACACUGGCCCUCUUACCUCCAAUCUGGCCGACUCUAUGAUUAGCUGUGACCCUCAAGGGCCCACAGUCGUGCAUGUCACGAAACUCUUCCAUACCGCCGAUGCGGAGCAAUUCAGGGCAUACGGAAGAGUGAUGAGUGGUACCGUCAAGGUGGGGCAGGUGGUCAAGGUAUUGGGUGAGGGCUAUUCGCUCGAGGACGAGGAAGAUAUGGCCAAAGCCAUUGUCGAAGGUGUUAUGUUGAGCGAAUCCCGAUACACUGUGGACACCCAGACUGCUCCCGCGGGCAAUCUCGUUCUUCUCUCCGGCGUCGACAACUCAAUAGCCAAGACAGCUACUUUGGUCUCCAACGACGCUGAGGAUGAUCUCUACAUCUUCCGGCCUAUCAAGCACCUCACGACAUCUGUUCUCAAAGUUGCUGUCGAGCCCGUCGCCCCUUCGGAACUGCCAAAGAUGCUUGAUGGUCUGAGAAAGGUCAACAAGUCUUAUCCUCUUGUGACGACCAAGGUUGAAGAGAGCGGAGAACACGUGAUUCUGGGGACGGGCGAGCUGUACAUGGACUCGGUAUUGCACGACUUGAGAAGGGUGUUCUCAGAGAUUGAGAUCAAGGUCUCGGACCCCGUGACGAAGUUCUGUGAGACGGUAGUUGAGACUUCUGCCCUGAAGUGCUACGCGGACACGCCCAACAAAAAGAACAAGCUCACCAUGAUCUCUGAACCCCUUGAACCUGGAAUUGCUGCCGACAUUGAGGCUGGGAGAGUGUCCAUGAAGAUGACGAACAAGGAGCGCGGGAAGUUCUUCGAGAACAAGUAUCAAUGGGAUGUGUUGGCUUCGCGAAACAUUUGGGCUUUUGGCCCUGAGGACAACGGGCCUAAUGUUUUGAUAAACGACACUCUUCCCUCCGAGGUCGACACAAAACUCCUCAACAGUAUCAAGGAAAGUGUCAAGCAAGGUUUCCAAUGGGGUACGCGUGAAGGUCCCUUGUGUGAUGAGCCUAUUCGAGGCGUCAAGUUCCGUGUCCUCGACGCUGCUCUUGCCCAAGAACCAAUCUACCGAGGUGGUGGUCAGAUCAUUCCCACAGCGCGCCGUGUCUGCUAUUCGUCCUUCCUUCUCGCCACUCCCCGUCUCCUCGAACCCGUCUAUUAUGUCGAAGUUCAAGCGCCCGCCGAUUGCGUUGCCGCCGUUUACACCGUUCUUUCCCGCCGACGUGGUCACGUCACAAAAGACAUUCCCAAACCCGGAUCUCCGCUGUAUACCGUCAAAGCAUUCAUUCCUGUACUGGAUGCGAAUGGGUUUGAGACAGAUCUGAGAACGGCGACCAUGGGACAGGCGUUCGUGCAAAUGAGCUUUGACCACUGGAGUGUGGUGCCCGGUGAUCCCACGGAUACCUCCAUCCAAUUGAGACCACUGGAGCCUGCGAUGGGCCAGUCGUUGGCGAGGGAUUUGGUGCUGAAGACGAGAAGAAGAAAGGGUCUGAGUGACAGUAUCGCUGUCAGCAAGUAUCUCGAAGACGAGACCAUUAUUGCUAUCAGCGCUUCCGGUAACGCCGAUCUGCUGGGUUAG